AUGCCAGCCAGUUUGGGACUUGAACAGAUGACCUUUAUCUUGAACAUCUACUGUUCCAUGUGUGCCCUUAUGGAACCUGGGUUGUUUGGUCAAGGUUACAAUGGUCAAGGUUACAAUGGUCAAGGUUACAAUGGUCAAGGUUACAAUGGUCAAGGUUACAAUGGUCAAGGUUACAAUGGUCAAGGUUACAAUGGUCAAGGUUACAAUGGUCAAGGUUACAAUGGUCAAGGUUACAAUGGUCAAGGUUACAAUGGUCAAGGUUACAAUGGUCAAGGUUACAAUGGUCAAGGUUACAAUGGUCAAGGUUACAAUGGUCAAGGUUACAAUGGUCAAGGUUACAAUGGUCAAGGUUACAAUGGUCAAGGUUACAAUGGUCAAGGUUACAAUGGUCAAGGUUACAAUGGUCAAGGUUACAAUGGUCAAGGUUACAAUGGUCAAGGUUACAAUGGUCAAGGUUACAAUGGUCAAGGUUACAAUGGUCAAGGUUACAAUGGUCAAGGUUACAAUGGUCAAGGUUACAAUGGUCAAGGUUACAAUGGUCAAGGUUACAAUGGUCAAGGUUACAAUGGUCAAGGUUACAAUGGUCAAGGUUACAAUGGUCAAGGUUACAAUGGUCAAGGUUACAAUGGUCAAGGCCUCGGCAAAGCAGGCACAAAAGGUAUGGCAGAGGACAUUUCAGAAUUGACGCAUCAGUGA